AUGCGUCGCCACUUACCGACCGCUGAGCGUGUGCACUUUAGUCAGUACAAGAGUGCUAAGACCUUUCGGUCGGCGCUGCGUCUGCCCCUAGCGGGAGACGCCGCACCGACAAGGGCAAGGGGGGCAAGGGCGCUGGAGGGGCUGGCGGGGGCGGUGGAGGUGGUGGUGGAGGCAGUGGAGGGGGUGGGGGUGGUGGAGGGAGUGGUGGCGGGGGUGGAGGUGUCGGUGGCAGCAGUGGAGGCGGAGGAGGCGGCGGCGGAGGCGGAGGGAGCGGAGGAGGCGGUGGUGGCGGAGGCGGCGGAGGUGGCGGAGGCGGCGGCGGCAGCGGUGGCGUUGGUCGCGGCUCUACGCAAAGGAGUGGUUCCGGUGGUGGUCCGCGCCAGUAGCAGCAGCGCAGUCGUGAGACCCUGUCCCCUCAACAGCUUUGUGAGUGGUACGCUGGGCGUCAGCGAGCCCUGCUUCGGCCACCUGACGGACGCGUGGCAUCACCAGUUCCCUGACGCCACAAAGAUCCCUCGCUGGGGAGAGCUGACUAGGGCGGGGGUCGCUAUCUUUGAUCUUGAUUAUGAUGCUAUUCUUGUUGCCAUGUAUGCUAUGUCUAAUGGUGAUGAGGGUGACUGUUACCUGUGUGUUCCGCCAAACCCGGGCAUUGAAGCUACUGUGCUAGGUGCUGGUGAGGCUGCUGCUCUAGUUGCUAGUGCGUCUGCUGCCCCAGGUGCUGGUGAGUCUGCCCUCUCAGGUCUCUACCUCCCCUCGUUCUCUACGAACUUGGUGAGUGGAGCUGAUAUACAGGAUGGGGGGGUUGACCAGUUCACUUCUGCGAGACAGCGGGUAGCUGCGUUGAGUCAGGUGUUUGCUGCAGCGUCCAGGUCUGGUCCUGAGUCUGCUCCCUGCUCAUGUCGUCUCCUAUCCCACCAGACUCUCCUUUGGCACCACCGCCUUGGUCACCCCUCCCUGCCUCGUCUCCGAGGCAUGGCCUCCCGUGUCCUUGUCUCUGGUCUGCCCCGGUCCCUCCCUCCCCUCCAUCUGGGGCCUGCCCCUACCUGCGUUCCCUGCGUCGAGGGGCGGAAGCGCGCCGCCCCUCACUCCUCCGAGUUUCCUCCGACAGAGGCUCCGCUGCAGACUCUUCACAUGGACCUGUUGGCGAUGCGUCUGCGUUUCGUGUCUGGGGAUCUCGGGCGUUUGUCCGCGACUUGUCCGCGGACAAGCUGUCCCCCCCGUGCUGUUCCCUGCAUCUUCGUUGGAUUCCCCCCUGACGUGCCUGGGUGGCAGUUUUACCACCCCACCUCGCGCCGUGUUCUAUCCUCCCAGGACGUCACCUUUGACGAGUCGGUGCCUUACUACCGUCUCUUCCCCUACCGCACUGCGCCCCUCCCCCCGCCGCCGCUCUUCCUUGCACCAGGUCCUCCCUCGGUAGACCCCCUCCCCCCUCAGGGUCCUGCCCCGUCGGGUGUGUCCCAGGUAGACGCAGUCGAGCUUGUCGAGGUAGCUGUUGACUCUGGUGCUGCUGGAGGUGCUGAGCCUGCGGGUGCCGGGUCUGGGGGUGUUGAGCCUGGGGGUGCGGAACCUGGGGGUGCUGAGUCUAGGGAUGCUGAGCCUAGGGGUGUUGAGUCUGGGUGUGCUGAGUCUGGGGGUGCUGAGCCUGGGGGUACUGAGCCUGGGGGUGCGGAGCCUGGGGGUGUUGGCCGUGCUACUAGAGCUGGAGGUGCUACUGUUGCUGCUGGUCCUGGAGGUGCUCGUCCUAACGGUACUGGAGCUGCUCGGACUUGGGGUGCUGCUGGAAUUGCUUCUGCUGGGCGUACUACUAUAGCUGCUGGCGUUACUGGAGCUGCCGGUCCUGCUGGAGUAGGUGCUGCUGGAGCUGCUAGAGCUGGAGCUGCUGGGGGUGUUGGCACUAGAGGUACUACUGGCGCUCGUGCUUCUGAGGGUGCUGGAGCUGGCGCUAUUGGAGCUGGAGGUGCUGCUGGCGCUGAUGCUUCUGAGGGUGCUCGAGUUGGCGCUGUUGGAGGUGGAGGUGCUACUGGCGCCGGUACUGCCACUUGGGUUACUGGCACUGUUCUUGCUGUCUAA